CAAAUGCCUUUCAAAUUUUCUUCUGUAACGGCAACACCAAAAGAAGGGGCAAAUCGCCGCCGCUGAAUCGCCUUGCUAAGCUCACCUCCGCCGUCGAAAUCGGAAUUUCUUCGAAACUGAAUGGAUUUGUUCCAAGGAAUGGAAGCAGAGAAUUUUUUGUUCGAGAGUUUACAUCCGGGAAUGGUGAUAGCUUCAGCGGUAGCAUAUAAUGUAUAUGAUGAGCCGGAUAAAUCUUUCAUGCAAGGCGAGACUUCCAUGUCCAAUGCCUUAUUAGAAGAUUGUCUUUUCAAGAUAAGCUGCUUACACAUGGACUAUGAUACUUAUAUGGCUCAUAGAGGAUUCAAUAGAAUCGAGAAAUCGAAUACCUUGGAGAUGAAGCACUUUGACUCAGAUAACUCCACUGCACUAGUUGAAAAAAUAGACUAUACAGUCAAGGACUGGCUAGAAAUGAAGUUAUUAAAGUCCGAGAACCAUGUUGAUUACUAUACUGAUUUAGGACUUCCCACGCGCUGGUGGGAUUAUAUUGAAUCAGAUUUUAAGAGUAUUUUUGGUCCCACAAUUUCUGGCAUUAGAGUCCUUCACUGCCAUGGUAAAUGUCAUGGCAAUCUCUCGAAUGGAAUUGCCAUCAGUAUCUCAGAACAAGAUGAAUCUGUGACGGGCGUACUAUUCGGCUUGGAAAAGCAAACUGAAAAUCUCUCGUUCGAAGCUCUAUGCAGCCGGCAAAGUGAUGACAUCAAAGAUCUUAUACACUUAAUCAAGUAUGCCACAACGUAUCCGUUCAUACGAUCAGAUCCCGAACGUCAACCUCCUUCCCCUCCAAGCACUGUACAAGUGUUAUGCCUACAACAACUGGAAGAUAGGAUUUCUUCAAUUCAAUUGAGCCCUGAAUGUUCAUCGUGCACAUUGGGAUCUAAAUCCAGUAUUAUUUUGGAGGAAGGGUGAAAUGAUUGAUUUCUUGAUGGAUGAUGUAUCGGAUUCUGUUAACAUGCGAAUCUAGACUCCUCCAACAGAGUGUUGCCUCUGCUUUUGUGAACAAAGAUUGGGCAAGACAAGUGAAGGAGCGUGGAACUAAGAACUAUGAUUGAUAUGUUAAACCGUGACAUGAGUGCACAAAAGACAGGGAUGGGCAAGCUUCGUUUCUGGAGAAACUGCCAUAGAGCAUAUCAG